AUGCAAUUGUACCUCGAGUUGGACGCGGCGUGCGACGCCGAACAAGCCCAUAGCGCAGCGCAGGUCCGCAGCGCCCUCACCAAGUGCGCCAUGGACAAGCAGCUGGUACCGCUGCAGCCAUUCGAACGCGCGGGGUUUCACCGCCUUGUGGACGAGUUCUGGCUCGCAGAGGUACCGUGGCACGACCCGAGUGUCGUGAACGAGUACCUUGGUGGAUGCACGCGGCCUGUCCAGGACAUUCAGGCGAUGUAUCAUGCGUUCCGAGACGAAUGCUCAACGUCGCUGGCGUCGACGUGGGCGUGGGAGGCGUGGCCAUGGGAGUUUGAGUGGGAUUGGGGCGGGCUCGAGGCUGCUGCUCCUGCUGCGUCCCGCUACACGCCCCCCUCGAUGAUGUCGAGGAGUAGCAGUCCCAUGAGUACCCCGACACUUUGGGAAAAACAGGGGCAGCUCAAUCUCGGUCAUUUCGGACUCGGCGACCGAGUCGUGCAAAAGAUGGGCCAGUAUCUCGAUCAGUCGUCGUCCCGGCGCCAGCUCAAGACGCUCGUCCUCUCGGACAACGCCAUGUGCGACAAGGGGUGUGUGACCAUCCUCCACGCGAUCACGCAUUCGCAACAUGCGCUCGUCAACUUGGACCUGAGCCACAACCGCAUCCACGCAAACGGUGUCGCAGCGCUGUCAGACGCCGUGCAGUCGCCCAAAUGCCAGCUGCAAACGCUCAAGCUAUCGAAAAACAACAUCGGAGACCUCGUCGGUCGCGCGCUCCUCACAGCCCUAGCCAAUAACCUGACGAUCCAAUCGCUGGAUUUGUCCGAGAAUAGCCUGCAAGCAUGUGGACCGGCGAUCGCUCUCCUGCUCCGGUCGCACUCGAAGCUGCGACACUUGGAUUUGGGUUGGAAUUUGCUCAGGGGGACUCAUGCCGUGGCUAUAGCUGGGAGUUUGGGUGACAACAAUGCCCUCGAGUCGUUGAAUGUGUCGUUCAAUUCGUUUGGCGAGGUCGGACUCAUGGCGUUGGCGCACGCGCUUCCUCGAAACGGCGCGUUGCGGGUCUUAAACGUCGGUCACAAUAGUAUCCACGCCCUGAAAGACUUGAGUAAGUUUGUCAAGCUACUCCGGGCCAACAUGAGUUUGCAGUCGCUCGUGCUCAGUGGGAACCCGUUUGGAGAUGCUGUCGUGGCGUCUCUGCGGAAACUCAACCGCGAAAUCGACCCAGCCAAUCCUACAUCCCCCCCGCCGUCGUCGACGCAAACGUUUCUGCAUAUUGCCCUGGAAGGAUGCACACUGACAACGAGCUCGACGUACACGCUGCCAACUGCUGAUGAAGACAGCUCUGUCGUGGAAUCCAUCAUCAGAAAACUAGCGCAUCCUCCCAACGUGAGUGUGGAGGGGGCGAAGAUGAGAUCACCUCUGAGCUCGUAA